GCAGCGGCUCUGACAUGUCUAAUUAAAUAAUAAUAAUUAUGCAUGAUGAAGCUUAUUAUCAGAGACGUAUACCGAGAAGAGAUCUAGGAAGUUGGAAUAAUUUUUUGAGAUUUAUUUGGGACAAUGAAAGGCGCGCGUUUUUAAAUCGGACAUUUAAUGAAUGGGGUCAGUUGGGAUUAUUUUAUUUAUGCUUCUACGGAGUAUUAUUUUCAAUUUUUGUGUUGCAACUGUGGAUUAGUUUUAAAAAUAUUGGAUUUGAUCGUCCGUACGUCCAGCAUUCGUAUGAAAAAUCAAUUGAAUCUAGAUUAAUAUAUUACCAACCUCUUAAUCGUGAUUUACAUACACAGAAUCCAGGUCUAGGAUUUGUACCAAACAUUCAUAUUUCCGUGGCGCCAAUAAUUUGGAUAAACAAAAAUAAAAAAUCAAAAGCUCAACGUUACAUCAAAGAGAUUGAUAAUUUUUUGAAUUCAUACCGCAGUAAAAAAUAUAAAAAUUCAUCUCUCUAUUUUGACAUAAACUUACUGGGAGAAUGUUCCAUUUCACCAUACGGAUAUUUUGAAAAUAAACCAUGCGUUUAUUUAAAACUAAAUAAGAGAUUUGAAUGGGCACCAAUUUAUUACAAUAAAACGUCAGAACUACCGGAAUACAUGCCGUCGACAUUGAAAACACUUGUGCGGUCUACUUCUCAGCCUUAUAUUUGGGUAUCUUGUACCGGAGUGACAAAUUUCGACAAUCAACACAUGGGAGUUAUUAAUUAUCUUCCGGUUGCUGGUUUACCUGUAAACUAUUUUCCUUUCACCGGACACCCAAAUUACUUGUCACCCGUGGUAGCAUUAAUAUUUAAUAAUCUUACUGGGAAUAGAUUGAUAACAAUAAAAUGUGACAUGUGGGCUUACAAUAUUGACCAAAGCAAUCCAUUGUAUUUUCAAAUAUUUAAUGAAGAUGAUAAAUAAAUAAAUUUAUUGUAGAGUGGUAUGCUCUUGUGUUAUUGGAAUUUGAUAUAAGUGUGUUGUAUGUUAGCAUGUUAGUUUGGUCUUUGGUGUCUGGUGGGGAAGGGACUAAAAUAAAGGUAGAGGAAAUGAAUAAGAUUGUAGAUUGUAGUGAGUAGAGCAGACAAGAGUAUACAAGAGCAACAGUCGUGGGCAGUAAUCAUUACAUUUAAUAGACAGCAGUCGAGUGAAAGAAUUUAAAUAACCAGAGAUACUUAAUCAUUAUUUUUUAUUUUAUUUAUCAUCAUCACUCGUGCUCACGAGUUUGUGUUUUUAAAAAUGAGUCGUAUAAAUAAUAAUGGAAAAGUUGAUGGAUAUACUGAUGAUUACAUGAGAAUUCCAGUAAUUGAAAGCAAAUAUACUAAAUUCAAAAAAUUUUU